UUGUUGAUCUGAAAAAAAAAAAAAAAAAAAAAAAAAAAAAAAGGAAAACAAAUUUCGAAGUGAGAAAUUCGCGUUUAGUUAUUAUUUUAUUAAAAAGCAUUGCAGUGGUUUGCGGCUCCACGCGGGGACGGUCUCUCGUGCUGCAGGGCUGGUGGUAGUUUUGCAGGGUGCAGAUGUUAAUGGUGUUUUUAAUGCACAGGAUCAUGCACGGUGUGUAAAUGCGGUCGCUGUUCGGGGACUGAAAACAGCGGCGGAACUUCACCAGCGUGCCAGAUGGCGGACCAACACGAGCCGGACCCGGACCCGGACCGGAGCGAUGCGAGGUGCGGCGCUACAUCACGCCAGAGCGAAACCGAUCCGUCCCCGGAGCAGCAGACCUGCCGGUGUGGUGAACUCUCACUCUGCCCCGGCCCUGGAGACCCCCUCCUCCUGUGUGCACAGCGCCCCCUCUGGCGAGGGCAGCUCCCUGCUCCUCUCCCUGCCCUGGGAGGUGCUGCUCCACGUCACCUCCUACCUGCCGGCUCGCAUCGUGGUGGACGUGCUGCCUCAGGUGUGAGUCUUACCAAUCAAAGAUCGAUCAAUCAAUCAAUCAAUCAAUCAAUACGGCGACUGGUGUGUCGCUUGCUCAGGGCUCUGGCCUCGGACCGGCUCACCUGGAAAGUGCGGGCUCAGAGGAGGCUCCACCCAGCUGGGGGCGGGACCUUCCCCCUCCUCGAAACCCCGGACUUCGAUUGGCCCGCAGCCUGCCUGGAGCUCGAGGAGCACCUCUCCCAUUGGUCGGACGAGGGCGGAGGGGCGGAGCGCUUCUCACUGACCGAGGGACACUUCGCCUCCGUGGAGUCUGUGUUGUUGUUAAAUGGGGGCACUGUCUGCGCCUCGGGGUCCCGGGACAGGAACGUGGUGCUGUGGGACCUGAGGAGGCUGGGGGAGGGGGCGGGGGAGGCGGAGGGGGAGGGGGAGGGGGAGGGGGGUGCCCAGGUUUCCACCCUGCUUGGUAACCAGCGCUACAGCACUCACCGGGGCUGGGUGUGGUGUCUGGCUGCCCGGGGGAGUCUGCUCUGCUCGGGCUCCUUCGACAGCACCAUCAAGACGUGGGACCUGGGGGCCUGUGGGGCCCCCCUGUCUGAGAUCAGGGGACGGGAUGCAGUGCUCUGCCUGUCCUGCCUCUCUGAUGUGGUGGUGGCGGGCUCCUUUGAUAAGAGGGUCUCGGUGUACGAUCCUCGCUGUGCCGAGCCGCUGCUGCAGAGCCUGGAGCUGCACGCCAGAGCGGUCCUGACCCUGAGCGCAGACGAGAGGCACAUCGUCUCGGGCAGCGAGGACCGCAGCCUGGCCGUGUUCGACCGGAGGGCAGGCAAGCUGCUGCAGAGGAUGCAGCUCAGCUCGUACUUGCUGUCUCUGUGUCCCCAGCCUCCCUUCCUCUGGGCGGGUGAUAACCAAGGUGAGCUGCACGCUCUGCGCUGGCAGGACGGGCUCCUCUCCCCCCUCGGCAGGUUCGAUGUGGGGCACCGAGCGCUGCUCACUGGGGUGCAGGUCUCGCUGGGGACCCUGUACACCUGCGCCACCGACAAGACCCUCAAGGUGCACGUCCCCUCGGACCCCCCGAAGACCCUCUGCACCGUCCAGCACCAAGAGGUCUUCAAUGGGAUCAGUGUGGAGGGUGGGGUGCUGGCAGCUGCAUCGGGAGACAUGUCUGUUGAAAUCUGGAAGAUGAAGAAAUCUCCCUGAAUUGAGCCCUGUGCAUUUCACAGCCCCUUUACCCCCAAAAUAAACCCAUAACAACAUGA